GAAUUUUUAGUACGAACUGUUAUGUUCAGUUCAUGCUGAUUAUAGAGACUUUUUUAUUAGAUAAAUAAUAAAGAUAAAGAUAUUUUCAUACGAAAGGUCACUGAAUAACUGCAAUAGUCAUUUUAAACCGGUUUGAUCGAUUUAACUAUUCAGCGUAGCUGACUGAGACUCGACUGGGUUGUUUUUGUAUUCGUGUCAGGUCUGUUUAUUUCAGCUCAUCACUCCAGCAUGACUUCAGCUUCCACGAAGGUGGGCGAGAUCUUCUCGGCUGCAGGGGCUGCAUUCUCCAAACUGGGUGAACUGACCAUGCAGCUGCAUCCGGUGGCGGACUCUUCUCCUGCAGGAGCCAAAUGGACCGAUACGGAGAUCGAGAUGCUGCGUUCUGCAGUUCGCCGCUUCGGUGAAGAUUUGAACGGCAUCAGCUCAGUCAUAAAGGAGCGAACGGUCGCCCAGAUUAAGACCACCGUGAAAAGGAAGCUGUAUGAGGACAGCAGGGUUCCUCUCACUGCAGAGUCGCCUAAAAAAACGAUGAAGAAAACCACAGUGACGCUACCGCCCCCUCCUGCAUCAGUCACCCCCACAGUUAUCACUUUGCCGACCUCACAGGUUGGCAUGACAACUGGAUUGCAGAGUUCUUCGUCUUUACAACCAGCAGUAAAGCACCCUAAACCAGCAGAUGUGACUCUGAGUGCUCUGAAUGACUCUGAUGUGAACAGUGAUUUGGUGGAUAUUGAAGGGCUUGGAGAGGGUUCCACUAAAAAACCAAACUUUGACCAAGAGAGCUUGAAUCUGGACUCCAGUCUUAUAAUGAACUCCAGUGAUCUGCCUCUGCUGUCCCGCUAACCUUCACUUGUCAGUCAAAGUGAUAUUCGGGGGGGGGGUUCAAGGGCAGCACAUGUAAAGAUUCUGCAGUUUGAUCAUUGCUGUACCCUGUUAUACCUUUUCCACUGUGGGUUCAAACAGCACCAGAUAAACCUGUACAACAUUGCCAAGCAUUUUCUACCCACGUCAGUGAAGAUGAAGUAUUACUCCAUGAAAAAUAACUGCGUCCUUAGCUCUUAAAAUGCAGCAAAAAUAAAUAAUGGAAUAAUGUUUUUAGUGGUUCAUGAUGUGUGAUCUGAUUUGCCCACAGCUGAAAAGGGGUUUGCAGGACAGUGGUGCAGGGGUCAAACUACCUGUAAAAAUAUGUAUUUUUUUAAUUAUUAGGCCCUUUUGGCUGAAGUAAAGCUUUGUGAAGUGAGAUGCUGCUUGUAAUGAAAAUGUGGCAGCACAAUAUCAUUUUUUUUUACCAUUUUCUUUCACUGCCACUGUAUGUUAGGUGCAGCUUCUAUUGUAUGUAUAUAUAUAUAUAUUAUUUUUUACCAUUGCAGAAUAAUUAAACAGGUCACUUCAACAGCAAACAUGAGACAUGCCUGCUUACAUUUUUUAUGAACAAAAUGUCUCGUCAUACAAUUUCUUGGCUCAGCAUAAAAAGACAGCAUACAGAUCAAUAAAAUGAGUUUUUAAUUAUGAUCUUUUUCAUAAGAAUAUAUGGUAUACAUUUUAUGGUAAAUGACAUUUUUUCGCUGAUAAUUGGACAUUCAUCUUGAGCAACUGAGAGGGAAUAAAUGUACUUUUGCUACCAAUGUCAAAACGAUAUCCAUCUUUCCCUUAAUUUUUCUGGAACUUGAACAACCGAUAGGCAAAACCUAUCGGCUUUGGCAUUUCUUUACAAUGUUUUUCGUGUGCUCACAAUCCAUUUAGUUUCUUCACAACACCACUCAGUCAUUUAAGGAGAACAGGACAAAUCAUGAUUCUAUCUCUGACACACAGAUACAACAGAUCCUGUCAUAGUAAGUGUAUGGCAAAUCUGAAAAAUAAAUGACAUGGUACUUAUUCUAGAUCAGUGGUUCCCAACCCUGGUCCU